CAGAAGAACAAUCUGCGCUUGCACAAAUCGAAGCUCCCACCUUUUCUGAUAGACAGACGAACAAAAAAAGUGUGCAUUGCUCCCACGCGGAGCCAGUGUGUAGUGGAAUCUUCCUGACAUCAUUUGCGGGUUCAAUGACAGUGGCACUAGUCUGGAAGAAAGGGAAAGCUUUUGCACACAACUCUGGUGAAACAAGCUUUCGCAGUGACAAUUGGAGCUCGCUAGGGGCCUACCGAACCUUUCUGUCAAGGCAGACGUCCGGGCACUUAAUUCGACGGCUGUGUUUACGUGCCACAAAGAACGCCCAGACAACGCCAACUACAAACUCACGUUCUGGACCGCCAGAUCACGGACAUUGUUGGUGAGAAAAACAAAAUUCCAAAUUUAAGGAAUCCGUUAAUAUGGAGAGGGAGUCCCAGCAAUUGAAAAUUCCCCACGCAGCAGACAGCGAAAGCAGUACUGAAACCGAGUCAGGUUCGGAAGACAGCAAGCUUCCUUCGGAGUUAUUGGACAGCCUGGAGCGACGCGAGACCGCGCGGUCCCCAGCGGUCUGCGCAGGAAAAAAUGGCGGUGUCUCCCAAAUUGAAGAAAUGGAGAUGAAAGGUGCGGCCGAUGAUUCCGCAAGAAAAAGUGCUCGGAGAAAUGUGCUCGAGGAUCAAGGCACUGGCCUACUCGGAACCACUGGCGCCGCCACAACUGACUCGUCUAGGUUCGAGGACGGCCGAGAAAGUGCUUCCAUAGUGGAACGUCAACGUAAUCAGCAGGCAGGGAGCACUCCUGAAGGAUGUGCAUCGAUGGCAGCAUGUAAUAAUGAAACAAAGACAGACAAGUGCUCCAAGAUAUCGACUGACAAAGAUCUUUCCAUGCAUGUCCCGGUAGAGGAGCCUGUCGUCGAUAAGACUGCUGCUCAACGCAGACAUGACUCGGCUCAAACUGCGCAGAGCGCAAGCUGCGGCGAACUGCGCGCCCCUGGGCUCAGGGCGAGUGGCGAUAAGAAAAGUGAAAGCACGGUGGUAAAGGUCCGCGAAGUAGACGCUAAUUCAUGUGCUGGUGAUGCGGCGAAUGCAGAGGCUGGCAUUUCGGAACCAAAGGCGAACGAGAACCAAAGCAGCGUUCAAGGCCGUUGGUCUAUUUGGAACCAGCACAUCUCUCACGAACUCAGUAUGCCCGUGCGGAGAAGGCCGACGCAAGAGGGUGUCGGGCCCCCACUAUCGCUUACUGCGGUUGGGCAGAAGCUGCUUCAAGUAUUCCGAGAAAGGCAAGAGACAGCACAGAGCAUUGCUCGAGAGAGCAAUGAAGAAAAUUACACCGUGAUGCGGGAAAUGCUGCCCGAGUUGCGCGUGCCCGGACACAAAACUCUUCAAGAGUGCCAGGAAGAGCUGGCCCGAGCUGCUGCGACGACGCAGGAAAGUGAGGAUGGGCAGUCACAAACAGCUGCAACCGUUCCGCAGAAAUGCCAGGACAAGCCAUCACGACUAAGUACAAUGAUUACCGAGGGCUUCAUGGAGAUGCAUCCAGGACCCGCUGCAACGAUUCCAGUUGACUGCCAGGACAAGCCGUCGUGUCACCAUCCAAUAUUGCCCGAUGAUUGCCAGAACGCGCUGUCGCAUCCCGCUUCACCGGUAACUGUGGAUAGCAAAGAGUUCUCCAAUACUACCGCAGCGAUUCCCAAGGAUCACCAGGAUGAGACACCACGGCCUUCUGCAACGAUUCCUAAGGACCGCCAGAUCGACCCGCAGCGACCAGCUGUAACUGCUCCUGCGGCGUUUCGAACCGUACCUCCAAGGACAACUUCAACGAUUCCUGACUAUCGCCAUGGAAAGCGGUCGCGACACUCUGCACCGCCGUCAGCGCAAGUCCGUGAGAAGCAAUUAGUUUCAGCUUCGAAGGAGCAGGCGUCAGAUUUUAAUCUUAUCCGGCAGUCCCGAGCGUCGGCUUUCUCUGUUUGCCGGAAAAUUGACUUUGAAAAGAAGCCUUCGCCUCUUGCAGUUACGUCCGCGUCCACCGCUGAGCUUCCAAGCGGAAAUCCUAGGCCAGCAAAUAUAGCGGAGCAUCCGGUUGUGAGGUGGAUUGACUUUUCCGAAAACAUUUCCCCGAAAAAAGGAGCGUCGGCUUCCCAGCAACGCGCAGUCUUAAAGCGUAGCUUGAGUAACGAUUCCGACACAACUGACGACUUGUCCUCCUUUCGGCCUCCCGCUUCAAAGAGGCGUGCAGAGGAAGCAGGACGCGUAGGAGAGGAGCAAGAUACGUCUGACGAUAGCAUUGAGUCCCCUCAAGCUCUUCUACAUCAAGGCGUUUUCCGAGCGAUUGAAAUGGCUCCCAUAGCUAGCACGUCGGGGAUGCAGUGUUCGCUAUCGCGUCCAGUGCCCAUGCGGGUACUACCGACUGCGAAGACGCCGUCGACGAGUUCCUCAGAUGGAACCACUGUGAGCGAGCAGUCGCAGUCGACGGCGCAUUCGUCUACAAGUGCCUCAUCGUCGUCAGAAGGUGCUGUCACUGCAGAUAGUGACAGCUCGAGUGCCGAUACGGACGCGUCCUCGGCGUCCUCAACCAGCAGGUCUACAACUAGCGGUCACAGCGAGCAUCAGCCUAAAGAGGAGGUCAUGUCUUCAAGAAGCGAUUCGGACGGCUCGAAAACCGCCGCAGUCCGGUGUAGAGGUACCGAGGCUCAAUGCAGUGUGACUGAUACGACUGAGCCUAGUGGUCAGACCCGAGUGAGUGAGAAAGGUAGCUCAGUUACGAAGAGCGGUGGCACCAACACCGGCAGUACUAGCCACGCUAGAGUGAAACCAAGAGGACCGGAUCGUCCGGCAUGCUGUAUUCGGGCCGACGGAUCUUAAAUCUCCAGGCUUAAAGGCUGAUAAUUUUGGCGUCAGUUUUGCCUGCAGUGAUAGCAAUAACGAAGACGAUGCGCUGAGCCCCAAAUACUGUAGCAGUGAAAAUAAAGACAAGAACAAAGCUGCAGCAACGAGCUUUGCUACGAUGAGUGGUGGUGAGCCACCCACGAAACACGCAGGAGACAACAAAACAGCUGCUCGAUCCAGUGCGGAAGUUGCUAGUGAUUUGCAGGCAGCAUUGGAAGGCGGGCACGCUUCGUGUAGCGGUGUCGGUGCUGGAGUCAGCAGUACACUUGCUAGUUCACCGGUAGACGCGUCUAGGAACGUAAGUGGACCAGAUAGCGAUAUGUCUACCUCCGUACGGCACGGAAGUGCCAGUUCCAGUAGCGGCGACGAGCUUGCGCUGUUCCACCUCUCAUCGGAUAAUGAAGGUGCUGCUGAAGAUGCGGAAUCAAGCACGGAAGGGAAUGACGACGUCAUUACUUUUUGAAUGACCGGCUGCGAGUUAACCUAGACGAUUGCUACGGCACGAUAGCAACGGUGCGAUACCUUCUUUUGAUUGGACAAAUUUGUGAGAGGGGAGUCUCCUGACGAAGUUUAGUUCAGGUGAGCAGAGUGAACGACGGGACGUACCGUGCGAGGAGUGCAGUGCGACAUUGACAAUUGCGAAAACUGCUGUUUCAGUGUGAGUGAUACUGCAUGGAAUCGACAAUAAGCGAAAACAUUAUCUACACGCGGCCACAGAUAUGUUUUUAUGUGUCGUGUUUUGGAGCUCCGGACUGUACACGAAAUUUUAUAGUGGCACUGUAGGCCACUUUUAUCAGAACACGGCCUUCUUAUGUUGCGAAGUACCGGAAAAACGACACGGGAAACUUAUUUUGCAUUGCGUCCAGAAAUGGACAGUUCAUCGCCGAAUGCUAAGCAUUGCAUGUUGUCAAUAAAGCGUUGUA